AUGUCAGCCUCAUUAAACGCAGCCUCGAGCUUGUCCAGAUCCACGGCCACUAUUCUGACCCUGACAACGCUCGCGGCUGCAUACGGCACAUAUUAUCUCUACAGCAGCUCUGCGUCUGAUACCGAAAUACAAUCUCGAUCAGGUCCGCGACUGUCUCGAAGAAAUGCCGUGCAUCGGCGGCGAAGACGAACCACCGCAGGCCCUACUGACAGAGCCACCGAGGGACGAAGCGAAAACAACACCGAUGAUGUGUCGAAUCUGUUCGGCGACGAGGGAUCGGAGAACAAUUCAGGAGAACAACUGAUCCCUCGGACUUUGACAGAUGGGGAUACUGUGGUAGAUGAUCAAGAAGACAAUGACAAUCCGUGGACACGCGUACCAGAACAACACGAACAACCAGAGCGUAGCGGCCAGAACAUCGUCCAGCUUCUUUUCAGAGUCUCCGAGGAUGCUACAAGACGGAAUGCAUAUGUUCAUAGGGGAUGUGCCUGCAACAGCUGUGGCAUAGUGCCCAUCAGGGGCAUCAGAUACCGAUGUGCCAAUUGCGCCGACUACGAUCUCUGCGAGGGAUGCGAAUCACAAGGAGUGCACACGAAGACUCAUAUAUUCUACAAGAUCAAGGUUCCCGGGCCUUCAUUUGGGCCUAGGAGUAUCCAGCCAGUGUUGUACGCUGGGGAUCCAGAUUCUGUGAUGCGGGUCCUGCCCAAGGAGAUCACUACGAAGCUUUCAAGGGAGACUGGGUUCGAACGGCCAGAGCUGGAUGCAUAUUGGGAACAGUGGACAUUUAUGGCGAGUACGGACUGGAAAGAUGAUCCUGAUGAUAUCAAUCUGGCUAUGGACAGGAAGACCUUUGAAUGCUGUUUAGUUCCUUCCGGGGGGUACAGACACACAUCGCCUAGUUUGAUAUUCGACCGAAUGUUCGCCUUCUACGAUACGAACAAGGAUGAUCUAAUUGGUUUUCCCGAAUUCCUAAAUGGCAUCGCGUACCGAAAGAAGAAAGAUAAAUGGCGUCGGAUAUUCGAGGGGUAUGAUAUCGAUGGAGACGGCUUUGUAGACAGGAAGGACUUUCUGCGAAUGUUCCGCUCAUACUACGUUCUCUACCGUCAGAUGCACCGGGAUAUGUUGGAAAGCAUGGAAGAACAGCAAAUGAGCUGUACGGAUGCACAUCGGCUAGUGGCUGGCCGGCAACCUCUCAGCAGUGCUUUUGGACAAGAUGGUCGAUAUCCCAGAGCUCCAGAUUACCGGACAGGGGAGGGUAAAACCGCACAGCCAAAUGGCGACCUUGAGAUUAGUGAUGGACAGGGUAUCAUGAAUGAGAACAGCAAAGACAGGGGCAACAGAGAGGACAUCUUCAGGCAAAACAUCAUGUUAUUGAGCCGGUACAACCAGAUUCACAGAGAACACAGCCAUGGCGAAGAUACUGGUGGAUACUGGGAGACUAUGAGAAAUCCGCCCACAAGUCUUGGAGAAUUGGAUCCCAUGGUUCGAGCUAUGCGAAGGAAUCGAGAUCGUGCCGAUAGGGCAGUGACAGCGGCUACCAACAUGAGCAGGAAUGCGCAUCCAGCCCUGGUCACCAAUAUUAAUAUCUUGGAAGAUGAAGACAACACCUCAGUCGACUCGGACGAUAUAUCUACUGGUGCAGAUAACGAUUAUUCUUGGCUUCCUAAUUAUGCUACCGUCACGGACCAGGACGCCGAGGCCAUUGAUGGACCAGGAGCUCGUGUCUCAACUGUUCAUCCUUCAAGCCGGCGAACAGUCAUUGCACAUGCUGUAUAUAGAGAGCGUGCCGAAGAAGCGAUACAUGAACGAUGGAAGCGUAGGCAGUUCUACACUGAUGAAGAAGAGGGUGCGACGCCACCAGUCGACUGGAAAGAGCACGAUGAUGUGUUCGCUACUAACGAGGUGGUGGGUGAGAGUUCAAAAUCCCAGUCCAGGCCUUCUAUGCAUUCACGAUCAUCGUCAAAGGUACGAUUUGCAGAAGACAUGGAUGAUUUUGAUACCAGAUCAAAUCCUUCGACUUCAUCAAGAAGUGUUCCUGAGCGGUGGGGAGGAAUGGGUAUUCCCGAUGCGGAGAGAGAUGCUGGCAAGGAGAUCUUAUAUCAAGUGACUCAGCAAGCGUUCAAUGAGCUUUUAGACCCAUUGUUCAAGGAGAAAGAAGAUCUAGCUGUGGAAGCAGCUGCGAACAAGGAACAGCGAGAGCGGUGGCGAUACGAGUAUACGAAACCCAAAUUCUUUAAUUGGGCAUUUGAAAAGGAAAAAGAGGCCAAGGAAAAACAGCACGCAGAGCGCAGUCAUACGCCCCUGCGCCAUGAAACGCGGCAACCAUGGCCAACCUUUCCCGAAGUCGAAGUAGAGGAGGUGCGACAAAGACCACUUGACGAUCUUCUAAAUCACACUGGGUAUUAUGUGGAUGGACCAGAUGAAGAGAGCGACGGCACCCCCGAGCUGGAAGUAAUCCCAGAAAUCGAGCCCUCCCAGCCCGCAGACAGUUGGCGUCACAAUCCCCUCCUGACUGGAGACAUCUAUCAAGACCCAGAGAGCCCCGAACCUAGCACGCUCCCCAUCGAAUCUACACGCCACCAAAUCCCAGCAUCCCAAUACGAGGGGCGUGACCGAACAUCAUCCCCAUCUCCUCGAGCUACGCCCUCAGGCUCUCCUGACUCAACGUGGUCAAUACCAUCCUCAUCCGCUUCUUCAUACCACGACCCCACGCUCCCCCAAUUCCGCCCCGACUCUGUUUCCAGCACCAGCUUCUCCCCCAACAACGAUGCCCAACCCCGCAAUCGCUCCACUUCCCCUUCCACCACACACGCACUCCCAAUAUCGCUUCCUUCUCGUCCAGCCCCCUCAUCCGACUGCGCCUCCACAGACGCAAAUUAUGGACAACGUCCAGGCAGAGAAAUACUUUACAGGUACUGGCUCUGUGAGCGUGUAGCUAUGGAUGCGGAGGAAAAGGGAGGCUGGGGACGGCUUAGUCUAGAGGAGUUUGAGACGGCUGUGAAGAGGUUUGUUAGGGAGGGGAGGGGCAACCAGAUGGAUUAUUUGGGGAGCUGGAUUGAUUUUUGUAUUCCUUAA